AUGUGGAUCCAAGUCCGUAGUAUGGACGGUAGGAAGUUGGUCCGUAUAGAUGGAUUGUCGAAGUUAACGAAAAUCGAACAGUUGCGUGAAAAGUUAGUGAAACAUUUUGACGCCCCAGUUGACAGGCAAAAACUUUUUUGCCGCGGUAAGAUGAUGGUCGACGGCCAUACAUUGUUUGACUACAACAUUGCCCUAAAUGAGGUUGUCCUGAUUCUCGUUAGGCCAAUAAUAAUCGAAGAUAAAGAUUCCAAAUCAAAUUCUGAUGAGGUCAACGAUAAUGUUAUUGAAUAUAAUAAUAAUGAAAAUAAUAAUGUUGAAAAUGGCAAAAUAAUAACAAGUGAGGAUAAUGAUGAAGCCGGAUCUAGUAAGGAACAGCUCACAGUUGAAAACAACAUCAAUAAAAAUAUCUAUAAGGUUGGGGAUGUAUUGGACGUUAGGGAUGGGACAUUAGGUGCCUGGUUUGAAGGGGGCAUUGUCAAGGUCGUCUCCAGGGCUUGCAAAAAUAAUAAUAAAAAUAAUAUUAAUGUUGUUAAUAAUAAUAUCAAAAACAUUGAUCUAAAUACUGAAGAAAGCAAAAUUAACGAUGACGAUAGCAGGGACUUGACGAUGGUUGCAAGCAGAGAUCUCCGACCUCGUUCCUACAGAAAAAUUUCUCUAACCAACCUGAAAAUCAACGAAAAGGUCAUGGUCAAUUACAAUUACGACGAGCCUGCCAGCAGAGGGUAUUGGUAUGAUGCCGUCAUCACUAAAAUCAAAGACACUAAAUCUUCAAAAGAUGUAUAUGCCACUGUUUACAUUGGGAAGGACCUCGUACCAAUGGAGAAUUGUAAACUGCCUUUUGUAAAUGAAAUUUUCAUGAUUGAAUCUCCAGGCUCUCAGAGAAACUCUAUGAUUGAUGGCGAACAAGCUGCUAAUAUACCAAAUAGACAAGUGAAGCCAGAAUGUGACCACUGUAAAGAUGAUCCGGCCAGAAAAUGCAAGCACUGCUCGUGCUGCAUCUGUGGAGGAAAGGAGGAACCCGAGAAGCAGCUGAUGUGUGACGAGUGUGACUCCGCCUACCACCUCUUCUGCCUGAAACCACCCCUGAUGGCCAUUCCUGAUGAUGAUGAAUGGUACUGCCCUGGUUGCAAACUCGACACGUCUCAAGUCGUUCGAGCUGGCGAAAAAUUGAAAGAAAGCAGUAAGAAAACAAAGAUGGCCUCCUCACAAUCCACCUCCAAUAGGGAUUGGGGAAAAGGUAUGGCCUGCCAAGGUAGAUCGAAGAUGUGCACGAUCGUCCCUUCAAAUCAUUUUGGGCCAGUUCCCGGAGUCGAAGUUGGUAGUCUCUGGAAGUUUCGGGUCCAAGUUAGUGAAUCAGGGAUCCACAGGCCCCACGUGGCUGGCAUCCACGGGAGGGAGGGGGAGGGGGCGUACUCGAUCGUCCUCGCUGGGGGGUACGAAGAUGAUCUGGACGAGGGGAACGAGUUCACUUACACGGGCAGUGGAGGCAGGGAUCUGUCUGGAAACAAAAGGACGGCCGGCCAGUCAUGUGACCAGGUCCUAACUAGAAUGAACAAGGCUCUUGCUAGAAACUGUAAUGCUCCCAUCAAUAAUAAAGAUGGAGCUGAGGCUAAAAAUUGGAAGUCAGGAAAACCAGUGAGGGUGGUUAGGAGCUGCAAGGGUCGGAAGCACUCUCAAUACGCACCUGAAGAUGGCAACAGAUACGACGGUGUCUACAAGGUUGUGAAGUACUGGCCAGAAAAGGGCAAAUCCGGUUUCCUAGUGUGGAAGUAUUUGUUGAGGAGGGACGACCCUGACCCCGCACCCUGGACUCAGAAGGGGGCCGACAGGUCGAAAGUGCUGGGUCUCGUUAUGCAGUACCCAGAUGGUUGGGAGGAGGCAAAAAAAGACAGCAACCGAUCAAAAGGAGAAGAUGAUGAUAAUGACGAUGAUGGUGGUGAUGAUGAUGAUGAUGAUAAGAAGAAUGAUAAUGGAAAAUCCAAGAAAGAUGAAAAGAAGAUAAUUAAAAAAAGAAAUAAUAAGCACGAUGAUUCGGAGAACGCACAGAGUUACUCACCGAAUGACGAGCUGACGGAAGCCAUUAACGAUGACGUCAGCAAUGAUAAACUUUGGAAGGACGUCAUGCUGGCUGCCAAGAAUGGCAAGAAGAGUUUCCUAGAGAAAGUUGAGUCGACGUUCACCUGCAUUUGCUGCCAGGACCUCCUCCACCAGCCCAUCACCACAGCCUGCCAGCAUAAUUUCUGCAAGGACUGCCUGACUCGCUCUUUUGAGGCCGGCGUCAAAACGUGCGCCAUCUGUCGCGCCGAUCUGGCGGCCAUCAAGUUUUCCACUAAUGCUAAUCUGACGCGAGCUCUCCAUCUUCUAUUCCCAGGCUACGGGUCAGCCCGGUGA